AUCUCAAUUUGUCUAACAAUUCUAUGUUUGCAAAAAAACUUUAAUGUUGGAUUUUUCGGUUUCUUCUCUAUUGUUGUUAAUUUUUAUUGUUAAAUGUUAAUUGAACGUUUAAACCUAUUUCGAAAAAUUAGUUGACUUACCGUUUAAUCCAUAAAAGAUGCCUAUUUAUUCGAAGAGUGCCAGAUGCUUUCCGAAUGAAUGCUACAUUUGCAAAUCGAGAGGAAAUUUAAUAAGAUGUGAAUGCAGCACAAUUUCCUACUGUUCCGAAGAUCAUCGACAACAACACCUAUCAACACACGAGGAUUUUUGCAAUGUAGUAAAAGAAUUGUUGAAAAUAAGAAAAGUCACUCAUAUUUAUGAAGAGCUUAUUUAUAUAUUUGAUCUCGAAUGGGAUACAAAAAGAGAAGAAAUCCGGAAUGAAAUCAUAAAGAAACUGGGAAGAACUUUCAGUCCACUGGAAUUUGUAAUGUUGCAAUGUCCACGAAUUUGUUUCGUUUGUCACAAAACAAAACAAGAGGACUUAAUUGAUUGCCCACAUUGCCCAAUAGCGAGCUUUUGCAAGAAGCAUAAAAAAAGUCAAUUUCAUGAUCAGAAUUGUAAAGUAAUGAGCACAUAUUUGAAAAUAUUAACAACUGCUGAUGAAUUAAAUACUAAUUUAGAUUUUCUAUCCUUUUUCUUUCCAUUUAUCGAAGAGAAAACUAUAUUUAUGGGUAUAGACGCUCUUGCACAGAUAUACGAUUUUAAUGACAGGGACGAAGAUAGUUUAGAAUCGAGAUUAACAAAAAUGAAUCUCAUUGAUUUUAUUGACGUUUCUUCAAAAAUUCACAAUGCUUUACAAGAAAUACACGAAACGAUUCCAGAGGAAUUGACAAUUCACAUCGAUGCCCUUUCUUAUGAACACUCAAUCACAAAAGAAAAUUAUUGGGAAUUUCUCUUGCAUCUCAAUCCGCAGAUGAAAAAGUUAAAAAUUGUCAUCACUGCAAUUCAAAAUCGGGACAAUUUAGAGACGUCUCUUUGUGAAAAUUGCAUUUCGAACGAAAAAGAACUAACUGUUGAAUAUUUGUCAAAAUCUUACGACGAUUACAUGCUGGAUGAAAAUUAUCAAAAACCGAACCUUCUGUUUCACGUGAAAAUCGUCAAUGAAUGUAAUUCCGAAAGAUUAAACAACUGGAGUAAACUUGAUUUUCCCAUUAUGUUGCGAUUUGAAUCAAAUUUAAAUUUUUGUAAAACACAACAUUUUCUCUCGUUUUCAAGAGUAAAGUUUCGAUUUAUUUAUGCAGGUCAAAUAAGAGCACCAUUCACUACAUUAUCCUCAAUUAAAAAUAAAGACUUCUUUAUAAUUUUGCAAUCAAAGGAGAACAAAGUGCUUGAAAAAUCUAGUGUUGCAGUAACGGACGAAAUCUGCGUGGAAAAAAAUGGGACAAUCACGACUGAAACUGUUUUAGUUAAAAAUAUUGAUUCCAUUCUAAACUGUGCUGAAAAUAUAAUUACAGAUAAUGUAGAAGACGCUUCGAAAAUUACUCCGUUGGAAGUUCAUACGUCAAAUGAUGAACAAAUAAAGGAACAAGAAUCCGAGGAUAAAACACUUUCUCCAUCGUCAUCAUCAGUUUGUUCUUUUGUAAUUAUUUCAGAACCCGGAGCAGAGGAGAAAGAAAGAAAAGAAGAGGAAGUCGAAAAAAACACUGCGAUUGAGAAUUCCAAACCUGAAGAAAAUGAUAAUUGUUCAAAAUCAAUUCACAACGAAGCUUCAGAUACAGAAGACGUCGAACAGAAGAGUGACGAAAAAAAUAAUGUGGAAAUAGAAAAGCGCGAAGCAGAAGAAAAAAAUGAGAAACAACUUUGUGCCAAUUUGGAAAAUGUCGAAAAUUCUCAAAAUAGUCUUUCGCAAUCGUUUCUAAUCGAUCACAUUUCAUAUCUUAAUAAUGAAAUCGAUGAGUUACGAAAACGAUUAAAUGCAUCUGUCGAGGAGGUGGCAAGACAACAAAUAAAAUAUGAACAAGUUCUUUCAACUCAACUUCGUUUAGACAAAGAGAAUAAAUUAAUGAGGAAAGUUUUAUGUGAUAUUGUGAAUACAACUGCUGAUAUUGAUUCAGUACUUAAGAAUAAGUCUUAAAAUCACCAAAUAGAUAAAUACUUUUUUGUUAUUUUUAUUAAAAAGAAUAUUCAUACAUUCGUUUUGUCUUGAAUUUAAAAUUCAAUUAUUAUUUUCUACUUAUAUUUAUAUUUAACUGAUUUUAUAAUUUCAAAAACUGUUAAAACAAUCUAAUUGUCAUUAUAU